GGGCGGCUGCGGCGGGUCCUCGCCAUGGAGUCCUACGAUGUGAUAGCGAACCAGCCCGUCGUGAUAGACAACGGCUCGGGUGUGAUUAAAGCAGGUUUUGCAGGCGAUCAAAUACCAAAAUACUGCUUUCCUAACUAUGUGGGCAGACCAAAGCACGUUCGCGUUAUGGCUGGUGCUUUAGAAGGGGACAUUUUCAUUGGUCCAAAGGCAGAGGAGCACAGAGGUCUUCUUGCAAUCCGAUACCCGAUGGAGCAUGGCAUCGUGAAGGACUGGAAUGAUAUGGAGCGCAUCUGGCAGUACGUGUAUUCUAAAGACCAACUCCAGACGUUUUCAGAAGAGCAUCCUGUGCUGCUGACAGAAGCACCCCUAAACCCGCGCAAGAACAGAGAGCGUGCUGCUGAGGUGUUUUUUGAGACCUUCAAUGUGCCAGCACUAUUCAUCUCCAUGCAAGCUGUGCUUAGCCUCUAUGCGACUGGCAGGACCACAGGAGUGGUGCUGGACUCUGGGGAUGGCGUCACCCACGCGGUUCCCAUCUAUGAAGGCUUUGCCAUGCCUCACUCCAUCAUGCGGAUUGACAUCGCUGGCCGGGAUGUCUCCCGCUUCCUGCGUCUCUAUCUCCGGAAGGAAGGCUAUGACUUCCACACAACCUCUGAGUUUGAGAUUGUCAAGACCAUCAAGGAGCGUGCCUGCUACCUGUCAAUAAACCCCCAGAAGGAUGAGACUCUGGAGACUGAGAAGGCUCAAUACUACCUGCCAGAUGGAAGCACUAUUGAGAUUGGCCCUGCCCGUUUCCGAGCCCCAGAGCUCCUGUUCCGGCCGGACCUGAUAGGGGAGGAAUGUGAAGGACUUCAUGAAGUGCUCGUUUUUGCCAUUCAAAAGUCAGACAUGGAUCUGAGGCGAACGCUGUUCUCCAACAUUGUGCUGUCUGGAGGCUCCACGCUUUUCAAAGGCUUUGGUGACAGGCUGUUGAGUGAAGUGAAGAAACUAGCUCCGAAGGAUGUCAAAAUAAGGAUAUCGGCUCCUCAAGAGAGAUUGUAUUCCACGUGGAUUGGUGGCUCUAUCUUGGCCUCUCUGGACACCUUUAAGAAAAUGUGGGUUUCGAAAAAGGAAUAUGAAGAAGAUGGAGCUCGUGCCAUCCACCGAAAAACCUUCUAGCCCUGGGACCUGUCCUCAAUCUCCUCCGAAGACUCACUUAAACUCGCUUUUCUGAGUCCGAGUGUCUGAGAGCUGCCUGUGUGUGUGUGUGUGCGCCAGCAUGCCCCGAUGUCACUGAGCAAAGACGACAGCAGCAGGAGGGUUGUAUUAGUACUACUAACUUUUUCUUUUGUGUUUUUUUUUUUUUUUUGUUUGUUUUUUUUUUUUUUUUGUAUUUUUUUGGGUGUUUUUUUUUUUUUUAAUGGAAAGGAGAAAAUACCAAUCUAAAUUUCUCCGGAAUGGCCCAUUCCUUUUUCAUUUCAGUCCCUUAUUUUCUGUAUCACAGUCACAUCUGUUAUUGUAAAACAAAUAAGCAAAAACAAAGGGAACAGCUUAUAGAAACUGCCUGGCAAGCCAGAAGGGAGCCAACCACUGCAGACUGCUCGUGCAGGCUUUAGUCAGCCUGACUGCAAUGCCUGGAUUGUCUGGAAAGACAUAGCUGAGGCCCCGGAGCUACUUCCUUCUUCAGUGGUGUCUUCGCCAUCAGUAGGUUUUUGAAGUUGUUUUUAAUAUAUUUUUUAUUAAGAGAAAGCACAUUCUCAACAGUUAAGUCCAUAUGCCCCCACUGUUUUGGUGUGUGAGUGUGCGUAUGAGUGUGUAACUUCUUAACCUGAUGUGGGGUCUGCACCACAGCUGGAGAAGUUUGCGAUAGGACUUAGUUUGUAUUGCAUGGAGUAGAACAAAGCAAAUCUAAUCAGCUAUCAUUGUACUAGACGGUUAUUCUCUCGUACCUUGUUUUAAAUACCUUUUCUCCUCUGGAAGCAAGUACCCCGGAAUGGGCGUGAAAGCACUUGCGUGUUCCCCCUCAACCUGCCAAGAUUUACAGUGCUGACUUCUCGUGUUCUUUGUAAGAGUCAAGGCUGUUUCCCUCCUUCCUGCCGUGUCAGGGCAAAGGGAGCAUGUAUUCACAGCCAGGCAUAACUCUUGUGUAUUUUAUCUGUUCUGGGGCAAAAUAACAAUUGGGAAGGUGCAUUGUAAUGUAAGAAUUGUUUUAUUUAUUGCAAUGUCUGACGAUCUCUCAAAAACUGACCACAGCACCUGGGAAUUAUGCUUUGGGUCUUCUUUGAACACCUAUUUGCCCAGCUGCCCGCUGAUGGAUGUUCACACUGUGCACAGCACCCACACUUAGCGGAAGGGCCAGCCCUGCAGCACCACCCCAUCCCUGCUCCACAGGGCCUUGCUAGUCACUGGGAAUGCACAAGGGAGAGGACAGUAAAGGGCACUGGGAGGUUGGUGUGAGUGGCAGGUUUGUGAGCAGGAAGCUGUUCUGCUGGCUGUGUUCCAUUGCACUGUGGUGCCUUUUUGCUCAGCUGGUGGCUGCUUUGCUUGUACUGCUCUAACAGCCCUGGGCAGCCUGCAGACCAGCUUGUGUUGGGGCAUGCCCCUAUUCUGGUUUUACUUGUGCAUUAUUUGGUGCUGUCUUUUUUUCCCAUUACUUUUCUGCAGAACAUGGCAGUAGCAAUGGAGCUGGAGUUGCUUGGUGGCUGUUUCUCUCCUUUCCCUUCAUUGCCACACAUCACCUUGGGGUCACUCUCAGGUGCAGAGACAGGAUAAGAGCUGGAGGAUUGCCACAGAGGUGAGGGAAGGGCCAAUGCACUGCCCCAGCUGCGAUGAAUGUAAGCAGCAGCCAGUUGCCACUGCAGGAACCACGUCCUUGGGGCUCACCCAUGGGCUUGGAGAAGCUGUAGGUAGGUGGGUGGGGUGGGCUCCCAGCUGAGACCAGUCUCCUUGUACCCCUCCCCCCAUCAGACCAGGUUGUUUUUUAAGCAAGAGCCUGUCAGAAAAGAGCCAUCAAUACCCAGCCUUGUGCUUGGAAACUGGUUCUGUUCUUGCUGGUUUGCUGCAGCACACAGGAGAAUUCCCGUAAAUUCCUCUCGGUUCCAUUACUCUGUGCCCCAGGCAGUGCUCUCCCUCCCCCCAGCCCCUCCGCUGGCCUUGCAGCAGCAGUGCUCCAUUUUGUAACCUGCAGUGACUGGGCAGACGGUGCUGUCUCCAAUCUAGCAUUCAUUUGGUCUGCCUGACUGUUCCCUUGCACACUAUCCAAACCAUGUUGCCUGGUGGUGCCCAGCAUA